UGAUCGCUUCGGCUGAAGCAGUAAGGCCUCCCCCUUGCGUACGAAUCAAAAGCCGGUCAUCAAUCCAGCGCAACACCUGUAUCCGAUUUGCCGCAGUCAUCAUGCUCUCCAACACCUCUCGAUCCUACUCUACAGGCGCACGAUAUGACUCCAAUGGUGUCUCGAGCGUGUCCCAUCCGGCCCGGAAUGGAUUCAAGACGUACCGGCCAUCUCUGACUGAAGGUCACUUGCGCCGCGCUGGACUGUAUGACCCGUUGGCCGAUUCAUCCUUCCACAACGCACCGUUUCACAAACACCGCAAGGAGAAAGAGAGGGCGAUUCAACGGGCCGAGGUGGAUCAAUUUUUGGAUCCCGCAUUUCAAAACACAGGGACUGAACCGGAUGGAGAAGCAGGCUCUCUUGCAGGCCCAUCUCGACACCACGCACCUCGAACCGCGGGUGGUUUGGCAGGAGGCGAGAAACGUCCUGCGGGAGUCCGAGCUUCGACAAGUCUGAACAAAUUACGAGGGCCCCGGACAGAUACCACAGCUGGUCGAUCUGGUGUCUAUCUCGAUGCCAGUGGCAAGAUCCAUGAUACCGAGUUUGAUCCGUUUGCCGGGGUGUCUGAAAUGUCGAGGAGGAAAUCUCAACGCCGGCGCAGUGCUUUUGGAACGACGACGAGGAAGACGAGUGAAUCUUCCAGCUCGACCUCGGGCAGCGAAGUUGGAGCAGACUCGCAAGGAGCGAGUGUGAAUGGAUCUGCUGCCAGGACACCGGAUGCGAAGGGAGAAGAAGAAGUGCGGAUCAAAAUGGAGAUGGAGAGACGGCGACAGGAGGAAGCCUCGUCGUUGGCAGCUGCGAAACGGAGGAGUCUAGUCUCUGAACGUGGAUCACUCGGCGGAGGGCGAUAUACACCAUCUCUUCGUUCAAGUGACGAAGCGAUGACGACUGCUCAAUCUCUCGCGAUGGAUAGACUCGGUUUAAGGUCUGGAUCGAAGAGUGGUGGCUAUACUCCUAGUCCGCUCUCGCCGACCUUUGGUCAAGCUGGCACUGCGACGAGUACAACAUCGUUUUUCAACGGUGGAAACAGAUAUCAACCUGACAUCACCAUCGACGAGUCUUCUCCGCAGAAGACGACGCAGGUGUUUGGAUCCAGUUAUUCGACAACACACUUUGGUGAGGCACCUCGACAAAAGGAGAAGACGCCAAUGUCAGUCUCGGUUCACGAUAAGAAAAUUACAGUGACUGGAUUCGAUGCGCCAGUGACGCCGACGCCUGUUUCGCCUGAACCUGCUCCCUCCGUCGCUCGAGAGACCCGCAAGAUCACUCGAGGCUUCUCUGCACCUCAAGGGGAUACAUUACGUGUCCCUGACUCUGGUCGAAUGUCCGCAGCUUCGUCUCGACAUUCCAACGAAUCAGCUCGACCUCGUCUGGAAGAAUUGGCACGGGAAGACAUCUUCCCGGAGACCCCAGCUCAAGCCAAGAGGAGAGAAGAGAAGCAACGCCGGGCGGCCCGAUCGACCGGCAAUAUUCACUCUAGGGUCGGUAGCUUGGCCAUUGACACUGCCUUGACGGCACGGGGCGGAGGACGGCUUUUACCCGAGAUUGAAAUCGUAGAGGAUGAUGAUCCUCGGAUCGUGUUUCCUCAAGAUGGAAAGACGACUCGGGUUCAAACGAAACAUGAUCACGUCAUUCGAGGCCCCUUUUCCCACGCUAUCAACGCUCAAUCUCAACAAGGCGGUGGAAAUGGUCCGGCUGGACUUGGUCUUGGCGGUAGUGGAGGAUCGGCACUGGGUCGGCCAAGUAGUAUUGAUCAAGUGACGCUGGGUGCUGGUGGUGUAGCUGGUGGCAGCAAAGCGGGAAGCACCAUCCUAGAUGAGAAUGGUGGUUAUCUACCUUCCAGAUGGGCUGGUGGUGAUCGUGCGUUGAGAACGACAGAGGAUGAAAAGGAAAAGUACCGGCCCAGAGAAUGGGGCGGUAAGCAUGGUGAUGCUCAUGGACAGCCAGAGGAGUGGAGACCCAGUACCAAAGAGCAGUUCCGUCGACAGUGGAAGGAUUUAUCUACCAAUGCUCGUUUCAGCAUGUUCAGGGCAAAGAAGAAGCUGUUGCGCAAAGCGGAGCUGUGAGGUAGUCAGACUGUUGUUGUUGUUGUCGUCAUCGACAAUAUAUCUGGAUAUAGCUAUGCAAAGUCCUGAUUUAGUAUGCCCCUUCCCUCCACUAA